CCGAUGCUCCGGAAUACAGAUGCUUUGCUGAGUAGGUCCUCAAAAGGAGUCCAGACAGAUGUCAACAUGUCAAUCCAUGAAGCAGACGCUUCUGGACUCAUUUAAGGGCGAAGAACCUUUGCUGUACUUGCGUUACUUGCUGCAUUUAGAUAGAUGGAUUCCUUCAAACAUGUUUGGAACUAUGCAUGUCUUUUUUGUCGUUUUGGCCUUUGGGCCGUGCAAUUCUGAUUUUGUUGUUCCGUCGCCCAGUCAGGAAUCCGACUUUGUGCAUCUUCUCAGCGAGGCGUCCGCAGGCGAGUCGACCGGCAAGUCACUGGAGUCCGUGGCUUUGCGGGCGUGCCGGGCCUACUUGGACAUUCUUUUCUUCCAUCCCUUUGACGAUGGGCAGAGCCGUUUGGCACGUUUGGUCUUCGACUUCGUGUUGACCAGGGCGGGCUACACCGUGAGCCAACCUGAAAGGAUCUUCCUCUUCUCCAAGUCGGCCAAGGAUUCGGAAGGCGCCGUGAAGUUGGUCGAGCUCGUGAACCAGUUGAUCGUCAAACCCAAAGAGGACUGGUGCAGCCCCUUGCAGAAGUGGGUGGCCGAUCACCCACCUCCCGGACUUCAAUACAAGUCCAGAUGGUUUGAUUGUCAAAGUUAUCCAAACGAUGUACCCCCAUAGUGAAUGGCAUGCAGGCAUGCUCUAUAUUUAGCUCGCCGUGUUUCACAUGGACUUUGAUUGCGCUGGAAAGAGGC